CCUAAACAACAAAACACAACGUUUUUCCUUUGUACUUGAGUUUUCUCCAAUGUCCUAGGAUCACUGCCUCCACAACCAUGAAUGACGCAGCACUCUAAAAAAUUCACUGAAAUAUUCAAAGUUCAUACCUUUCGAACUACAUCAUUCGUCUAAGCCACCUAUUCAAUGAUGGGUACCAAGUGACUUUUUCUUCUUCUAAAUCAUUUUUCUCAGUAUAAUGUCCACUGAAGAAAUUUUGAGGAAGAAGCUUAGAAGGACACCUAGUGCUGCUGUAAGAAUUUCUAGGGACUCAUUCAAAACUAGAAGGGAUGAAAAUCGUUCUAACAAAGAUGGGUUUUUUGAUAGAGAUAAUGGGUAUAAGGGGAAGUUGAAUAAAAAUGUAAACUUUAAAGGAAAGCAAUAUGGUGAAGAAAGGAGUGGUGAGAAGUUUUAUGAGAGAGGGGAGUUUAGAACUUCUAGGAAUGAUGAAAAUUUUGAUAGAGAAAAUGGGUAUAAGGGGAAGCUGAAGAAAAAUGUGAACUUUGGAAGGAGUAGACAGAGGUUUUAUGAGAAUGGAAAGUCGAGAGCUUCUUGGGAUUCGUUUAGAACUAGAAAUGAUGAAACUUCUGAUAGAGAAAAUGGGUAUAAGGGGAAGUUGAAGAAAAAUGUGAACUUUGAAAGGAGUGGAGAGAAGUUUACUGAGAGUGGAAAGUUGAGAAAUUUGGAUUCUUUUGGGAGGAAGAAGAGAGUAUAUGCUAAAGAAGGAAUGGAUGAAAGUGUCGAGUUAUGGGGUGGUGUGGAAACAUCCAAGAAGAAAACUUUGUUUAAGAAAAGGGAGAAGAAGGUGAGAGAUAAAAAUGGGGAAGGGAAAACCAAGGAACGAACGAUGUGGGUUCGCGAUAAAUCAAAGAAUGUGGGUUCCAAAGAUAAGAUUUCUAAUCAUAGUUUGAAGGACAAGAAAGAAAGUGACGUGUUAGUUACUGCUAAACAUAAGAUUAAGGCAAUGGAGAGUGGGAUAGAUGACGGGUUGAAGAAGAUUAGAGAUAAGAAAUAUGAUUUUGGCAAAGAGAAAAGCCAAGAAGUGGAUUCUCCAAGUUUUGUUAAGAAACAAAUCAGAGAUAAAGCAGGGUUGGACGAUGAUGCUGAGAGACAAGAUGGUCGCCGGUGGAAGAAGAAGAAAAGGGUGAUGAAGAUUGAUCCAUAUGAUAUCUCAAACAAAAGACUAGAUGAUGCAAUUGGUAUUGAAGGAAGUACAGAAGAACCAAAGAAAAAGGAUUCUUUGGAAGAGCUCGAAAUAUCCAACAGGGCCCAAUUCCGUGCAAUAGUGCCUAGCCCUUCGAUACUCACCUUUGUGGAAAAAAAUCUUUUGGGCCGGAGGCGUAUGAUUGACAUAAAAAGGGCAGGCUACAAUAUUGAACUUCCUGCACCAUUAGAUAAUAUUCCCUUUUCUAAAAGUUCAGAAAGAGAGAAUGUUGAAGAAAACAUUUUUAGGAACAGAAUGGAAUUUUUCGCUGCUGCAAAGGUCUCGUCGUCAUUUCCACCUCCUAAUCUUCCAGAGAUUGCAUUUGCUGGAAAGUCAAAUGUCGGUAAAUCAUCUCUACUUAAUGCACUCACUAGACAAUGGGGGGUUGUACGGACAUCACCGAAGCCUGGUCAUACGCAGACAAUUAACUUCUUCAACUUGGGAACAAAGCUUUGCUUGGUUGAUUUGCCGGGAUAUGGAUUUGCGUAUGCGAAAGAAGAAGUGAAAGAAGCUUGGGAUGACCUUGUAAAGGAGUAUGUUUCAACAAGAGUUGGUCUGAAACGAGUAUGCCUUCUGAUUGAUUCAAAAUGGGGCUUGAAACCAAGAGAUCAUGAACUGAUUACAUUAAUGGAAAGAUCAAAAACUAAUUACCAGAUAGUAUUAACUAAGACAGAUACAGUUUUCCCAAUUGAUGUGGCGCGACGUGCCAUGCAAAUCGAAGAGAUUCUCUUGCCGAACAAGUCUGUAGUUCAUCCUCUGAUGAUGGCUAGCUCAAAAUCUGGAGCAGGCAUCAGAAGCUUGAGAACUGUUCUUGCCAACGUAGCUCGAUUUGUCAAAAUAUAAACAAAGCAUAUACAAGGCCAUGUUUUUUUUGCUGAUGCAGAUGUUUUAUACCUCAGACGCCACGUAGGAAUAGUGACAAUUAUUUUCUUAAGUGGCACAGUGCAAGAAAUAAUUGGUUUCAGGGUUUAUCUGGUCAACAUCUCUGCGAUGAUUAGGGGUGUUUAUGGUGCGAAAAUCCAACUGCAUUAGACUACAUUAAUGGUUUGAUUCAGUUAUUGAAAAUCACAUUUAAAUCAAGUUUAGUGUAUUUUUGAACCAGUUUAAAACUGAUUUAUAAA